CCGGGAGGGGGCGCCCGCAGGGUCCCCAGAGAGAGGAGAAAAGACUUUGUCCCAAGUUUUCGCGGAGCUUCCUCAUCCCCGCUGCGAUCGGCGUCCCAAUCCCCCUACGGCCCCCCAAUUUUCAGACACCCCUUGCGGUCCCGCCCCCUUUCGGAACUCCUGGGGGCCCCUGGACUCCCGCCCAACUUCUCUGCCGCUAAAAAUCUCUUUUAUUCCUCGACCGCCCCCCCACCCAGGCCCGCGGGACCCCUACCAUGGCCCGGUCUUACGGGGGCCGGGUGCUGGCCGCGAUGACCCUGCUGGGCAUCCCGGCGGCGGUGCUGGCGGCGCUGGGAGCGCAGCUGCUGUUCCAGCUGCAGGCGGGCCGCGCGGAGCUGCGGGGAAUGCGCGCCGACGGGCUGGGCCCGGAGCUGGACGCCGGCCCAGGGCUGCCCGAGGACGCGGCCGGGGCGCUGCUGCCUCUGGCCGCCGCGCUUGCUGCGCUCGCCCUGGUGUUGGGCCUCACCAGCCUUCUGCUCGCCGCGCUCUGCGGCCACCUGGGCGCCGAACUGGCGCGGGGGCCGGGUCCCGGCAGGUCUGACUGGUUUCUCUAUGACUGCCGCCUCCUCAGACACGUGGCCCUUGGCCUCUUCUGCUGCGGGGUCUCUGUCUACUUAGCAGCACUGUCCAUCUACGCCCUGCUGCUCUUUGAGAUCGAGACAGGUGCAGCCGCCGCCUCCAUCCUCGGAGUGGGGGCUCUGGUCCUGGUGGCGGCACUGACCCACACCCUGGUCCGAGCUGCCCGGGCCACCCGCCGUGGCCUCCACGAACUGUCCCCACCGCACUUUGAAGAUGAUCCUGUCCGUCCUGCUGAAGUCUCCAAGGCCAGCCCCAGGGCUCAGCCCCAGCAGGGUACCCACCACGGGACCCCCUACUCAUCCUUCCCAGAACCUGGGGACCCCGUCAGACCCACGGGUGCUGCUACAGUGCCUACGGCCAAGGGAGGAGGCUGGGAGGGCAGCCUGCCUUUAUCCCGCAUGCACCGGACACUGUCAGCUGGCAGGGGGCACUGGGAAGGGAUCACCCAUGAGAUGCGCAGCAUGCUGGGCCACAGGCCAGGGGGCUCAGGGAAGGACUCCACCCUGGUGUGAACCCAGGGACCAGGGACAGAGACCUGGGAUCAGGCAGCAGGAAGAGGAUUCUGUAAAGAUAAGUCUAGGCUCAGCCAUAGUAGCAGUAUGACUUGAUUUCUCAGUUCACAGCAUCCCUGGUUUUUGUCAUGAAGGUUGCUUCAUGG